CCGGCGAGCGGGUGCGAUUUUGGUGCGACUAAAAACGCUCGGAAGUGAUUCGAAUUGCUGGCCAGGAAUUAAAAAACAUUUUUUCGACUCGUAUGGGAAAAUUCGCGCGAAAUUUUCACGUUUUCUGAUUAGCAGAUCGUUAGGCUCGUCUGACAAAAAUCAAAAAGAAACCAAUUAUAAUUAAAAAGUGGUCGUAAAAAAUAAAAUAAAAACAAGAAAACAAAACACAAGACCGAAAUUGUUAUCAACACGAACCGUCAGAACCAUCAGAACCGUCAGUAGCGUCAGUACCGCCAAUAGCCCCACCACCGACGCCGCCUCAUCCUCGGACCUGGAAGUGUAAUUACGGUCAUAAUUCACGCGAGAAAACCAACAGCCAUCCGGAGCAAAAUCACAAAUCAAAGCGAGGAAAAGCCAUUUAACAAGAAUCGAACAAGGAAAAACUAAUAGAAGAUUUCCGCGAACAUCGACCGGUUGCGAAGAAUCGAAAAUGUGUUGCCAAUCAAGCGGCCAGUGGAAAUCUUCUGCGCAGUCUUCGAGUGGACAGCCGCACCAGGAAUCGGAUUCGGAAUCGGUACCGGCCAGGAAGACAACAAGACACAGGCGGCGGCUUAGCCAGAACGGUGCUCAGAUCCUGAUUCCUAUCCUCGCACUGAUCCUGGUCGCCCUUCUCCAAAUACAAACAGUCGCCGCCGGAGCUGGCAACAGUCUGCAUGGUUACCUGGAAUCUUGCUCGAACGAGGGCGAGGAAGUCCAAUUGGCGAAACGUAAUCAGGACUUCAAGUGCUUUAAUUGCAUCUGUCAGAAUGGAUUUGUAAGAUGUUCCAACAAUUGCCCACCCAUUGAUGAUUGCUAUAUGGUAGACAGGUCAAAUGGCUCCUGUUGUCCCCGAUGUAAAGGUUGCAUGUUCCGGGGCAUUCCGUAUGAAAGUGGAGCGGAAUGGACUGACCCGGAGGAUCCCUGCAGGACCUACAAGUGCGUGGCCACCGUCGUCACCGAGACCAUCCAGAAGUGCUACUCCCAGUGCGAUGACGAUCAGCUGCAGCCACCACGCCCCGGAGAAUGCUGUCCCACCUGUCAAGGCUGCACGAUCAACGGCCAGACUGUGGCCAAGGGCCAGGAGGUUGUCCCCUUCAUUGACGAUCGCUGCCUGGUCUGCCAGUGCGGCGACAACCAGCUGACCUGCUCCAAGAAGACCUGCCCCAUCCUGCUGUGCCCCAAGAGCAAGCAGAAGCAGCAUCCCGACGAGUGCUGUCCAAGGUGCACGGAAAAGCGAGAGAUAUUUACGGUGCCAGGCAAGUGCUUCUUCAACAAACAGAUGUACUACGAGAAGACCCAGUUCAUGCCGGAUAGGUGCACCAAUUGCACCUGUUUGAACGGCACCUCGGUGUGCCAGCGUGCCACCUGCCCCAUCCUGGAGUGUGCCCCCGAGUUCCAGGAGGAGGACGGCUGCUGUCCCCGCUGCGCCGUCGCCGAGGUCAGAAGCGAGUGUAGUCUGGAGGGCGUGACCUAUCGCAACAACGAGACCUGGAACAUGGGACCCUGCCGCAGUUGCCGCUGCAACGGUGGCACCAUCCGGUGUUCCGAGCGACGUUGUCCGGCGGUCAAGUGCCGGGCGAACGAGGUUCUGAAGCUGCCACCGGGAGAGUGCUGUUAUCGGUGCGUCGAGGCGGCUGGAACGUGUACGGUCUUUGGGGAUCCCCACUUCCGUACCUUCGAUGGCAAGUUCUUCAGUUUCCAGGGAAGCUGCAAGUAUCUGCUGGCCGCCGACUGCAGGGACAAUACAUUCCACAUCCGGCUGACGAACGAGGGCAGGGGAACCCGGCAUGCCAGUUGGGCUAAAACGAUCACCCUGAAGCUCCACAACCUGCGCGUGAAUCUCGGCCAGCGGCUGAGGGUGAAGGUCAACGGCACCAGGGUCAUGCUGCCCUACGUGGGCAUGGCCGGAGGACAGAACGUUACCAUAGAGCGGUUCAUCGAUGGUGUGGGUGGCGUAGUGAUGCUGCGAUCCGAAAUGGGGCUCCAGCUGGAGUGGGAUGGAGCCGGCUUCCUGCAGGUCACAGUGCCCGCCCAAUACAAGAAACGACUGUGCGGCCUGUGCGGCAACUUCAACGGCAGCGCCCGGGACGAUCUCACCAGCAAGGACGGCCGCUCCCACAGCGAUGAGGAGGUCUGGCACUUUGCCAACUCUUGGAAGGUGGGCGGCCCCAAGUCCUGUUCCCGCCAGCGUGAAAACAUCGCUGCCCUGCCCACCUGCGACAAGAGGAUGUCCAGCUUCUACUGCCAUCCGCUGAGCGUCUCCCAUUUGUUUGGGGAAUGCAACGAGCGUCUGAAUCCCCAGAACUACAUCGCCGCCUGCCGGAUGGACGUGUGCGAGUGUCCUUCGGGGAGUUGCCACUGCGACAGCUUCGCCGCCUACGCCCACGAGUGCAAGCGAUUGGGUGUCAUCCUGCCGGACUGGAGGACAGCCACCAAGUGCCCGAGCGGAUUCCGACGGAAUGCCACGACCUUGUCCAGCUAUCUGAACAAUGAGUACUACGGGGACUCGAGCUUCACGCGGUUGAAGGGCCGCGGACGGAAGCAGCAGAGACAGCAGCACCGGUUGCAUCGCCAACAGCUGCAGCAGCUGCAGGAACAGGAGCUGAGGAGGAAACAGGAACGAAGGCGGCGGCCCAAGGGAGGCCAGCACAACCAGGUGGUGGACAAGGAGUUCACCCGGAAGCAUCCCAGCCUAGUGUUGCAUCCCCGUGCGCCGGAUCGCACGCCGCCGCCCCUGCAUUAAGUUUAUAAUUAGUUAACCACUUAGUUACCACCAUUUAGUUACUACACCGACACACACAAGCACCCAGACCCACGCACACACAUACACAUUGAAAGGGGGCGCAUUUCAUAGCAUACUUUUGGCGGCCAACAAGCGCAGUAUCUGGAAAGGGUGCCGAUAUAGUCCCCUUGCCAGGACAGCCAGGCAACAGUAUUAGGCCAGAAGGGUCCUCUGGAGUAGGCAAAAACAUAUAUACAUUCGCACCACUUAUAGGGAUCUAGACAAGUGUAAGACCCGCAUUCGCAUUGCAUUCAGAACUCAUCUCCUUCGCCAUUUCGUGUAGCCUAAGUUUUAUUUAUUUUAGCUUUAGUAAUGGAGUUUUUAUUCGGAGAGCCUGUUGUUUGUGUGCCUGUUUUGUAUUUAUAUUCCUGUAUGUGUGUUUUACCGCUGCACUGCGCUAAACUAAACCAUAAACUAAAAACUAAACUAAACUAAAUCUACAACUAAAACUAAGCUAAGCUUUAGCUAAGUGUACUUAGAACUUAACGCGAAUCCUAGCCGAAAUACUUGAUGUUUGCUUAAAAUUUAAGCUCUUAAAAAUAAUAAAAGGAAAAGGAGGAAUUAAAGGCGAUCCGACCCAACUACUAUGAGAAUUGCACAAAACAGUAUUUUUGCUUAGUUGAGAGAGACCCUCACUCAUAAUUGAAAACAAAAAAACGAACCCAGCUCCAUUUGACUUCCUACUUGAUACCCUUAACCCUUAACCCUCUUGUACUCCUCUUAUCUCAAAUUGCCCAGAGCAGAGUUAACCCAUUUUUACCCAAACUGUGUUAAUAUUUAUAUAAUAUACCUACCUACCUACCUACCUAUCUA